UGAAGAAGUCUCAGUUCCUAGCCUUUAGCUUUAGCAUCAAUAGCUCUAAAGAACGGGAUCAGUUGAUGUGAUAAUAUUAGCCUCAAAGUAUAAAAAUGAAUGACCAGGAUUCAUUUGAUAAUAUUGACCAGCUCCUCUUUCACCUCGCUCUUCAAACUCGGGAGCUAUCUCAAAAGAAGAAUGAAAAUAACCAACAGAUUAAAGUUUCCAGAGCCAACAUUGCUGAGAAGAAGUCUUACAUUGAAGCAAUCAACAGAAAUAUUGAGCAACUUGAAGAGGAAAUCAGUGUGAAACAGAGCACUGUAACACGUAAUAAAGCAAAUGCAAAAAGGAUGAAGGCGACUAACGGCCUGCUUCUUCAAUAUGAGCAGACGUUGAAAGCAGAACUGGAGAAAAGAAAAGCCAACUACAACCAUGACACGGAGGUCUUUCAAGAAAGGAUUGCAAGCUACAGAAAGAUUUUCCAGGAGCAUAAAGAAUAUUAUUUACAAAACCCUCUUGCUGAAAAGCUCCUCGUGCUGAAGGCUGAAAAAGAGGAAAUUGAAUGUAGGAUCAAAGCUUGGGAUGAACAAAUAACAAUGAAGCAGAAGGAGCUGGACCAUCUUAUUGGUCCAGUAGUUACUUCAUUUUCCACCGAGAAACUGCCAGAUAGUGCUUUUGGCUUGCAGCCUGUAACAGAACAAGAGAAUGGAUUUGAUCAUCAGACAGCCAGGGACAGAGAGCCUUCCAUUGACAUCUCCUCUCUGCAUCUCAAUCAGACAACGAGUGGUCAUAAAACAUCUGAUGAAGAGGUAAAUGCUGAAGAGAUCCAUGAGGAAAACAUCCAGGAUUUACCCACCUGUAGUACUUCCCCAGAGGAAGGAAGUAAGGAGCUGUGGUCCAGUCAACAGUUUUGUGACCAGAAUCAGCCAGAGGACAUGCACAUUGAGGAGCAGGAAGAGGAGACUUCACAAGAACACCAGGAGAAGCUGCCCACAGUUUUCUAUGCAGAGGAGAUUUUUGAGGGUGAUAUGGAGAAGGGAGCAGCUACACAUGAAGAGCAGCCACCACACGACAAGGACGAUGAGGAACUCGCUACUUCUUCUCAGCCUCCAUCUCAGGAGACUGAUCCUCAGUCAAAAAUUACAAUUGCGUCUUCAACCCCGACAUUCUCAUUUAACUUUAGCCCAGCCAGCUCCAAAGAUCAAGGGAGCUCUGAGACCAAAUCUCCAGCUUUCUUGUUCUCUCUGAACUCUGAUCCCAACACACCAGGCUUUCCUGGAUUUGGAUUUGAUGUGGGCUCAUCACAGGAGGAGGACUUUUUCGGUUUCACUGGAUCUUUGUUCACUGAGAAGAAAACCGCUGAAUCUAAAUCUUCAAGCAGCCCUCAAUUCCUGUUUGACCAACCAGAGACAUGCGAGGACUUCCAGUUUGCUUUUGCCACCAAGAGCCCUCAAUCAGCUAAAAAAGAAAAUAGUGGAAAUGAUUUUCCAUUUUCAUUCAAUUUCUAAGAGCUGUAAAAGUGUUUUCAAGUUAAUUUCUUCCAUCUUAUGUUGUGACAUUAGCGGGAGCUGAAAUAGCAACACAUUUUUUGCUCUGUUGAGCAGUCAUUAUUAAUUUGCAGGUUUAACCUAAAGUGAAAAUUCAAACAACAAUUAACUGAUUUCUAAUAGAGUUCAAUAGAAUUUUAUUUAAGACAGAUAUAGAGACAAUAAUACACACGUAAGUUCAUAUUCCUUUACAGAUUUCAUUGUUCAUGUGAAAUAGUUUUUUGUUUGUUUGUUUACAGGUGUGUGUUCAUAUUUUGUUGUUUGCUGUUCGGUUUAAAAGGCAGAAGCAGUUUUCAGUCGAACAGUAUUAAAAAAAACAAACGAAGACACUUAACUGGCCAUUUCAGGUCACAUUCAGACAUUUCAUGUGUUAAAUAAGAUUAUAUAAGAGUAUCUCAAUAAACAUUUAGUAGCUCUUAUUUAUAGCUAAUAAAAUAUUAAUAAAACUCUGUAAUAAAACUGUUAAAAAGAUUCCUUUAUCAUAUGAUUUCUGGCUCAUUCACUCAUGAUUUUGGAGAGAAAGCAUUUAUAACACCUUGCAUACAGUCUUGUUUCAUGGCACAGUCAGUAGUUAAUCUAUAAAAUGUUUUGUUCAGUGGCACUUAUGACUGUCUGUUGAGCAGUGGUUUAAAUAUACAAAGCCUCCCUUGGAUUUUGGCACAAUAAGAAAACAUUUGUGCUGAAUUCCUUGUCAAAAAAAUACUGGUACACAGGUGAGAUCAGUGCUGGCAUUUAGAAAGUAUAUUCAUGGUCAUUCAAGUUUAAGAGAUGGGCAUGGAGUAAAGGUCCCGCCACCUAUUGUGCCCAUACAGUAUGCCCCCUAAGCACAAACAAAAAAGUCUGGGCACAAAUUGGAUCAUGACCAGAACUUCUCUGAGCAAAUAAAAGCAACUUUAGUGCAUGAAGGAGCACACAAAACCUCUGAAUCCAUCAGGUUAACCGAUAUGUCAGAGGGCAGAGCAAGGGAGUUCUGCAUUUUGAUGGAAAGCAUUGAAAUAUCUUUACGUGAAAACAAGAAGUCAGGCAGUCAAAUUGAAAGCCCAAGCUUGUAAAGAAAGGUUACAUAUGAUAUGUGA